AUGACUACCUCAAUGGAAACAUCAUCCGAAGCAACAAUUAAACGAAACGACUUGACGACAACGUCAACAACAGAUUACAUAUCUGGGUUUGAUCUAAUCUCAAUUGAAGGUUAUCGACAGGAUGGGCGUAAAGCAGAUGAAUUACGCCAUUUUCGUGUUUCAUUCAAUGUUGUUCCGGAUGCUGAUGGAUCCUGUUACAUGGAACAUGGAAAUUGUAAACUAUUAGCCACUAUCUACGGCCCGUACGAAGGCGAAUCACGAUCGAACCAGGAGCAGGCGGUGAUCACAUGUGAUUUCAGUAUGACAUCAUACUGCGUUAGUGAACGCCGUUUACGAACGUUCGGCGAUAUGAAAAGUCAAAAGUUACAAAUGGCCAUUCAACGUGUUUUUCAGCAAGCGGUUCAUACAGAGACAUAUCCGAAAUCACAAAUUGAUAUUCAUCUAAAAAUUUUACAAUCGGAUGGUAAUGAUUAUUGUCCAUGUGUCAAUGCAACAACAUUAGCGUUCAUCAAUGCAGGAAUUCCAAUGAAAGAUUUCGUGUGCUCAUCAACAGUUGGUUACGUUCAAAACAAAUGUAUCAUUGAUCUCAACCAACAAGAAGAACAACAAAAGUCACCUCAAUUGAUACUAACAUUGAUGCCUCAACGCGAUGAUAUUGUCGCUCUCACAUGUGAAUCGCGUGUUCACUAUGAUAUUUAUAACGAAAUGCUAGACGCUGCUACGCGUGCUAAUUUACAACUGUUUCAGCUAAUGAAAGAAGCAGUUCUCACACAAUUAAAGACUGCUCUUCACAUAUAUGUAAUGUUUUUACUCGGUAAUAAAUUUUAUAUCAUUUUCAUUACACUAUGGAUAUUUGGAUUAUACAUCGUUUUCACCACAUUUCGUACAACACCAACGAGUGAUCGAGUGCUAGAAGAUCGAAUCGAAUACCUACAAGGCGAAGUAGAAACAUUGAGACAAAAACUUUCACAAUUACAAUCGGGAAGUAAAACUCUUGAUCAAGAGUCAAAUGGAAAUAAUAAUGCCGAAUGUCAAGCUCUACGUAAUGAAUUGAAAACUGUUAAACGUAAAUUAGCUUCGAAAACUGGUAGUACCACACCUCAACAAGGACCUUCAUUAGAAUAUGAACAAUUACGGCGAAAAAUCCAAACCCAGACACGUGAAUUAUCGUAUUUUGCACUGGAUCAAAUGAAUAAAAUCGCAGAGAAAGUACCUGAUCCCUUUAGAGGCAAUUGGCAAAAAGUUAUCGAUCGAUUUGCGGAUCAGUACAGGGUUCUCCUUGCGGCUAUUCGAAAUCUAACGGACGUAGAUGGAUAUCAAUCAUGGCGUGAACAAGAACAUGAAAGUCUUUCAAAUCUGAUGCAAGCACGACUAAAUGCUUUACAAAACCCAUCUAAGCGGUGCUCCGAUGUCAAACGUUUAUCGUGUAAUAUCAAUAAAGGAUGUGGCUACGGAUGUGAAAUUCAUCAUGCAAUGCAUUGUUUUCAUGUUGCCUAUGCACUUGGUCGACCACUGAUUCUUUUUUCUGAUGGAUGGAGGUACAACCCGCGCGGUGGAUUCGAUGAAAUAUUUCAUCCAUUAAGUAAAAACUGUACACAUGCAGAUGUUGUUGGUGCUGAAGCUUGGGCCCGGUAUAAGUCUGCAGAUGUAGUUGAAAUUCCUCUAAUCGACAAUAUUCAUCCAAAAGAAGAUUUUAUGCCAAUGACUGUUCCUGCCGACUUAUCGCAAAGGUUGACUCGUUUACACGGCAAUCCAUUUGUCUGGUUUACAGGACAACUAAUGAAAUAUCUACUAAGGCCACAACCGUGGUUAACUGAAUUCCUGGCGAAGAAGCUCGAGUCUAUUAAAUUUGAAACGCCAAUCGUUGGAAUUCACGUCCGACGGACGGACAAAGUUGGCAGUGAAGCUGCUUUCCAUGAUAUAUCCGAAUACAUGAAAUUUGUCGAAGAUUAUUACACUACUUACCAAUAUCAAAAUCCUGAGUUAACUUUCAAAAAACGCGUUUAUAUAGCAACAGAUGAGCCUAAAGUUUUCAGUGAAGCACGUUCAAAAUAUCCAGCUUACAUAUUUUACGGUGACACAGCCGUCGCACAAUCUGCUCAAUUGAAUUCCAGAUACGGAACCGAAUCUUUAAAAGGCGUUCUCUUAGAUAUCCACUUUCUUUCAUUAUCAGAUUAUUUAGUUUGCACGUUUUCUUCGCAGAUUUGUCGCGUUGCUUACGAAGUCAUGCAACAGCGAGUAAUCGAUGGUGCAUGGCGUGUUCAACCACUCGAUGACGUCUAUUAUUUCGGUGGUCAAAAUGCUCACAACCAACGCGCAGUGAUUUCGAAUACUGCUGAUUGGCCAAACGAAUUUAGUUUUCAGCGCGGUGAUAUUAUCGGUACCGAAGGAAAUCAUUGGGAUGGAUUUUCUAAAGGAACAGACAAGACCAGUGGUCAAUCAGGUCUAUACCCUUCGUAUAAAGUAGAAGAGAUAGUUGCUACGGCUGAAAUGUACACAUAUCCUGAAAUAAAAGUGAAACCUGAUAAUCAUAACCUAUAA